AUGGCACUUUCAAGUAAUAGCAAUUUUGUAUCAAAAUCAGUUCUUGAAGUUCUUUCACUUACACCAGAUGAGUAUAGAAAAAGAAAAGUUGCUCUUUUGACCGGUAUUACUGGUCAAGAUGGUUCUUAUCUUACUGAAUUCCUCUUAGACAAAGGUUACAUUGUCCAUGGUAUUAUUCGUCGUUCUUCAUCAUUCAAUACUGGUAGACUUGAACAUUUAUACAAAGAUCAACAUGAACGUCCAAAAAUGGUUCUUCAUUAUGGAGACUUGACAGAUUCAACUAAUCUUGUUCAUAUUGUUUCACAAGUACUUCCAACUGAAAUUUAUAAUCUUGGAGCUCAAUCUCAUGUCAAAGUUUCUUUUGAUAUGGCUGAAUAUACUGGUGAUGUUGAUGCUUUAGGAACUUUACGUUUAUUAGAUGCCAUAAGGACUGUUGGUUUAACAAAUCAUGUUAGGUUUUAUCAGGCAUCCACAUCUGAACUUUAUGGUAAAGUUGUGGAAACUCCACAGUCAGAAACCACACCAUUUUAUCCUCGUUCACCCUAUGGUGUAGCUAAACUUUAUGCCUAUUGGAUUGUUGUCAAUUACCGCGAAGCAUACAAUAUGUUUGCUUGCAAUGGUGUUUUGUUCAAUCACGAAUCUCCACGUAGAGGUCGUACUUUUGUAACUCGUAAAAUUUCUAGAGCCGUAGCUGAAAUUCACUUAAAUAGACAAAGCUGCCUAUAUCUUGGUAACAUUGAUUCUAAGCGUGAUUGGGGUCAUGCAAGAGAUUAUAUUGAGGGGAUGUGGUUGAUGUUACAACAAGAUCAGCCAGAUGAUUUUGUUUUAGCCACAGGUGAAACUCACACUGUCCAAGAAUUUGUUGAAAAAGCAUUUGCUGUAAUUAAUAAAACCAUUGUUUGGAAAGGCGAAGGUGAAGAUAUGGUUGGAAGUGAAGCUGACACUGGAAUAGUUCGUGUGCGUGUAGAUCCAAAAUACUUUCGUCCAACUGAAGUUGAUCUUUUACUCGGUAAUCCUACUAAAGCUUAUAAUAAACUUGGUUGGAAACGUAAAGUUGAUUUUGAUUCACUUGUAAAGGAAAUGGUUUUGGCUGAUAUUGAGGGAGCCAAAUGA